AACUCGGCCGACCUCUUAAACACCUGGACGAUCAAUCGGUACAUAUCAAAGACGGAUUUAUGUGCAGCGCGCCGUUUUCUUCGAUCGUGCCCCAUGUAAUAUUUUCCGUUGCCACCGGAAAGGUGGGAUACAUAAUCGGCGAUGAUCGUGGCCAUAUUGCAAUAUUUUCGAUUUAAUAGGAACGUGACAGAUGUCGAACGGACGAGCGCAUCGAAUCGAAUCGAAUCGGACAGCGAUUUAAUAUACCGUGGAAAACUUCAUUAUCUUCUUCCCGGGAAUGAUUUUCGGGGUGACGCAAUCAAUCCGUGUUAAAUAUCGCGUUCGAUCCGGACGAAAGGGGCCUUCGCAAUAUUCGAAACUUCGUGUGUAAAAGCGGUUGGUUUCGAGUGCGACGUGAUCGAUACGCAACUGACCCACCGAGUAAUUCCGAAGGUGUCCGUGGCGCGCCGAGGGCGGCCGAUCUCUAACGGAACUGGCCGAAGCUCCGUGAGCAAACGACGCGUACAGAAGAACGCGGGGUCUUCUCCGGCUUGGGUUGAAACAGCGUUCGCGUCUACGGGCGCGGCUUUGCGUCUCGAGCUGGCGUUUUACACAGUAAAAUGUCCUCCCUCGAUUAUCUGGACCUGUGUCGGUUGUGUCUCGUGAAGGACCGUGUUUCGGUGCCGAUUUUCGGGGGCGAGGGAAACGAUCUUUUUCUGAAGAUCGCCGCCUGUCUACCGGUCAAGGUUGGAAGGGAAGACAAGCUACCGAAGAAAAUAUGCGACGACUGUGUGUAUAAAGUAGAAUUAUUUUACGAAUUUUGGAAUACAACAGCAAACGCCGAAAAGCGACUAUUACAAUGGCUGGGAGAAGUCAAUGUCGAAAGCGGCAAACAGGGUUAUGUUCCCAAUGUACUCAAUCCGAAUGUGAUGAAACAAGAACAGAGUACAGAGAACAGGUUAGAUGGCAGCGUGAUGCAGCAAGUUGGCGAGCAUCAAAACAAUAUGGGCAUGAGUAUGAUGGACAACAUGGGCCUGGGCAUCCCUAUGAUGAUACCCAAUACUAAUCAACAACAACAAAUAACCUCAGUUCCUAUGGACACAAGUGGCAGUCCUGCGCAAAAUGUUCAAGCAGUGCCUGGUCCGAGUUCACAAACUACGCAUAACCAAAUAUCACAAAAUCAAACCAGCUCGACACAACAAGAAGACGAAGAAGAGAGUAGUGAAGAUGAUGAGAAUUCCGACGACGAAUGUGAUGGAGAUGAAGGCCUACCUGUAAAAGAAGAGAGCGAAGAAGACCCAAACAGUAGAACUAUAGAACCUACAACCUUUGUAAAUGUUUCUUUGGCGUGCGACGAGGCGGGUCCUUCAGGGUUGCAACAGCAGAAAAUCACAGACAUGCCUGAGAUGCCAAUAUCACAGUCGGCGGAUGGGGAUCCCAAAACUGGGCUAGCGCGAAGAACAUUCGCGAAGAAGACACGCAAAGAAGCCGCUGUCAAGACCAACGAAUUCAAAGUCGACGAAAACGAAGAAUCUGCACAGCUCAGCUGCGACAUUUGCGACAAACAAUUCAAAAAGAGAUACAUCCUAAGACGACACAAGUUGAUACACGAAGCCCGUGAGAAAAAGCUGUUGUCCAGAGAAGACCCGCCGGCCAUGGAGCUAGUCUGCCAGGAGCAGGAAGCUCUGUCUUGUCUGACUUGCGACUUCCGGUGUAACAAGAGGUCCACGAUGAUCGGCCAUCUGGCUGAGAAUCACGACGGCUCGGCGAAGAGCAAGUUCACCAGCAAACGCAAGUUCUCCUGCAUUAUCUGUGGCCUGAUCUGCUCGCGCAAGGAAACGUUGAGAUCUCACUUUGUGCGCAAGCAUACACAGCAAUACGAGUUCCCCUGUAAACAGUGCGGCAAAGAGUUCAAGAUCAAAGGCGACCUGACGACCCACACUCGGUUGAAUCAUCAAGAGCCGCCGGUGAUAUGCGACGUAUGCGGAAAGACCUGUCGCAACAGUCACAGUCUGUACACACACCAGAAGCAUGCCCAUUUCAAAGCGAAGUUCGAGUGCCCGGUUUGCCACAGACGUCUGGUCACCAAAGAGAAUCUGGACCAGCACGUGCUCACUCAGCACGAGAAGAAAGAGAAGUGCGUGUGCGAGGAGUGCGGCAAGACUUUCUUCGAGAAACACGAUUUCAGGAAACACAUGCGAAUACACACCGGCGACAAGCCGUACAGGUGCACGGUUUGCGCCAGAGCUUUCACCACGCACAGCAGCCUGAGUCAGCAUCUGCUUCUGCAUACCGGAGAGAGGGUUUAUGUCUGUGAUGUUUGCGGCAAGUCCUUCGCCCAGAAAGCUGGCCUCAUUUGCCAUAGGAAGAUCCAUUCUGGAACACUGCCUCCUCUCCUGAGCUCGCGCGGCGUCUUUCUCUACGACAAGGAGUCGGUGGUCAUGAAGAAAUGGCAGAUCCUGGAGUUCGACGGGAAGCCGUACUACGCGUUUGUACCUGAAGACGACACGCCGUUGCCGGACGAGUGCAUACCGGAGCAGAUCGACGAGACGGAGAACGAGGACGAGAAGCACGGCCUGGUGAAGAUCGAGAGCCUCUACAACGACGAGUUGCCGUACGAUUCGACCGACGAGAGGCUGUACGAGGACGAGGAUCAUCUGUUGAACGGUGGCGCGGAGCAGAGGGAAGACGAGCAGGUGGACGUGAAGCCGAUAAUCCUGAACGGCUCGAUCGAGGACGAGGCCGAUAAGAUCGGUGACUUGUACCAGGUGAAGGUUCAGGGUAGCAUGGUGACCAUAGAGAAACUGAUAUCGGCCGAGCUGGACGAAAAGAAGAUGGACUUCGAGGAGACGGUGGACGACCCGGAGAUCUACACGGAACAAGAACAAUUAGAGCAGCUGGAUGAGAUCGAGGACCCGGCGGAGGAGUCGGACCAGGUCGAGCAGGUCGAAUACCUUGAGGAGGAGAUCCUGGAGGCGGCGAACAAUCACGCGACGCCGUCGAAGGCCCGCAGAAAGAUCUCGAAGAGCUCGGGCGGCGCGCUGAAGUGCAAGGUAUGCUCCGAGAUGUUCAGCUCGGCGAUCUCGUUCCGGAAGCACGUGGCCUGGACACAUAAGAAGAAGGUGUGCAUACAGGAGGACGGCGCGUACAUCUGCGCGGUCUGCGACUACCGUACCUUGAAGAAGAGCCUGUUCGCGGCCCACUUGGAGAGGAAGCACGAGACCUGGUCGAGGAAACGGCCGAACAACAUGCUGUUCCCGUGCGCUACAUGCGGCUUUGUUUGCAGGUCGAAGCACUCGUUGCAGUCGCAUUUCAUCAGGAAGCACACGGACCGGUACGAGCACCAGUGCAAGUUCUGUCCGAAAGAGUUCAAGGUGAAGGGCGACCUGACGAACCACGUGCGGUUCCAUCACAAGGAGAAGCCGAUCAACUGCGACGUGUGCGGCAAACUGUGCCAGAACAGCGGCUCCCUGUACGUGCACCAGAAAUGGGCCCACUACAAGCCCAAGUACGAGUGCCACAUAUGCAAGCGGCGCAUGGUCACCCAGGAGAAUCUUGAUCAGCAUCUGCUGACGCAACACGAGAAGAGAGAGAAGAUUGUGUGCGCGGAGUGCGGGAAAACGUUCACCAAGAAGGACUCGUUCAAGAGACACAUGGCCGUGCACACCGGCUGCAAGCCACAUUCCUGUGUCAUUUGCAACAAGCCGUUCGCAAGGAGGUCCCAGCUGCGCCAGCAUCUACUGAUACACACCGGGAAACGGCCGUUCGUCUGCGACAUAUGCGGCAAGGCGUUCACGCAGAAACCGGGACUGAUCUGCCACAGGAAGACGCAUCCUGGGCCUCAUCCUCCGCUGCCAGUCAUGCCCAUCGCCGACAUCGUGAAAGAGUUCACCGAGGGUUACGUUCAAGAAGUGAACGCCCGCGAGAACGAGGAGAUGAUCGAGGACGAGACGUGCUACGGGAUCUUGGAUCCUCUGUGCGAAGAGUACAAGUGCUAUUCCGUCGACUGGAUCGAGAAAGAGAAUUUCGAGGCUGCGGUCGUGAACCAAUUCGGGCACAAUGGGGACAAGGCGGAGAAAGCAUUGUCUUUGGCGAGUGGUAGGACAAAGAGAAGAGCGGUAACGACGCGGCUGGAGUGCGAGCACUGUUGCCGCAAGUUCUUGAAGAAGAGCAACCUCGCGGAGCAUCUGAAGAAGCACCGGCACAAGUGCGCCGAAUGCCCGAAGACGUUCCGGCUUCGCCGAUACUUGGCCACCCACGUCGAGAGGAUCCAUAGGCAGCAGGUGUACGACUGCAGCGUGUGCGACUACAAGAGCAACAACAAGGGCACGCUGAAGAACCACUACAUCAGGCUGCACACGAGCAACUACAAUUUCGCGUGCGACGUGUGCGGCAAGCAGUUCAAGAUCAAGAAGGCCCUCAACCACCACGUGAAGCAGAACCACAGCGACGCGCCGCCGAUAGUCUGCGACGUCUGCGGACACUUCAGCAAGAAUCUCCAUGCGCUGAAGGCGCACAUGAAGUACAGGCAUUACAAGCCGGAGUUCGUUUGCCGGAUCUGUCGGAGGGGCAUGACCACGCAGGAGAAUCUGGAGCAGCAUCUGACGUGGCACGAGACCAGGGAGAAGGUGCUCUGUCCGACCUGCGGGAAGAGGUUUCGCGGCCGCGACCUUGACUCUCACAUGAGGGUGCACACCGGCGUGAAACCUUUUCCCUGUCCCGUUUGCGGGAAAUCGUUCAGAAGGCAAACCGCGCAGGAACAACACGUGCUGAUUCAUACCGGGAAGAGGCCGUACGUUUGUGAUAUCUGCGGGCAGGCGUUCGCGCAGAAACCGGGAUUGAUUUGCCAUAGGAAAAGACACCCUGGACCCCUUCCCCCACUUCCCGUCGUAUCGAUUAAGAACAUCGUUACGGAUUUCCGGCCGGUGAACCCUCUGGAGGACGCGGCGACGACCACGGAGGAGUUCGGCGAAGUGAGAAUUGUGAGCACGGUUCCGUUAACGGACGCUUCUACGCCGAGCAAAUCGCUUCGAAAUCGGGCCGACCGGGCAAUUCGUUCUUGUUGUCGCGUGCCGAAGGAUCACGGCGCGGCCAGGCCGAGGAAGUUCCCACCGAGGACAUCGAGGACGAGGCCCAGAUCCCUGGAGUGCGACCAUUGCGGCAAGCGUUUCGACCGGAAGACGCCGCUGAUACUGCACAUAAAGGAGCACGUAAACCAGUGCCGGUUCUGCGACCAGGGCUUCCAAAAGGCGAAGGACCUGCGGCUACACGUGGUCGAACGACACGGGCCGUUGGUCUAUCCGUGCCACAUGUGCGACUUCAAGAGCACGAACAAGUGGAUCCUGAAGGACCACAUCAUCCGCAGGCACACGACCAGCUAUCCGUACACUUGCGACGUCUGCCAGAAGAAGUUCAAGCUGAAGAACGACCUGAAACAGCACACGAAUCAGAUGCACAGCGACGCGCCAGCGGUGAUAUGCUCCGUGUGCGGGCAUUCUUACAAAAGCGUGCCGGCGCUCAGGCGUCACAUGAGGUACAGCCAUAAUAAACAUCCGUUCGAGUGCGGCGUGUGCAAACGCUGCCUGUCCACCCAGGAGAGCCUGGACCAGCACAUGCUUUGGCACAAGGAGAGGGAGAGGGUGGUGUGCCCGACCUGCGGGAAGAUUCUUCGGGGUCGCACCAUCGAGGGCCACAUGCGGGUGCACACCGGGCUUAAACCGUUCCCUUGUCCGAUAUGCGGCAGGUCCUUCACCAGGCAGACCGCCAUGGAGCAACACGUUCUCAUCCACACCGGCAAAAGGCCGUACAUCUGCGACGUCUGUGGACAGGCGUUCGCGCAGAAGCCCGGCCUCAUCUGCCACCGGAAGAGACAUCCUGGUCCGCUGCCGCCAUUGCCCGUUGUGUCUGUUAAGAACAUCGUGACGGAGUUUACUAGGGAAUACGUUAUGAAGAACACGGCGAUUGAUGUCGAGUAAAGGUGAAUUUAUACCCGGGAUUGAGAACGUUGCGGAGUGUUGUACAGGGUGUCCCAUAAUUAUGGUAUUUCCGGGAAUUGUGGGGUUCCUCGGGUCAUUUGAAGCAACUUUU